CGGCGGGGUCUUGCGCGUGCGCAGGGGCCAUCGCCCCUUUUCUGCCCCGUCCCUCGCCGGUGUCUCCCCCGCAGCUCCUCUUCCUCGUCUCCUCCGGCCCUCGUCGCCCGCCUCGGUUGCAGCCCGGUUGUCCCCGGAUCCCGCCAUGUCGACGGAGCAGGUGAACGGCCUGUGCGAGCAGCUGGUGAAGGCGGUGACCGUCAUGAUGGACCCCAACUCCACCCAGCGCUACCGGCUGGAGGCCCUCAAGUUUUGUGAAGAGUUUAAAGAGAAAUGUCCCAUUUGUGUCCCUUGUGGAUUGAAGUUGGCUGAGAAAACCCAAACUGCUAUCGUCAGACACUUUGGUCUUCAGAUCCUGGAACAUGUUGUCAAGUUUCAGUGGAACACUAUGCCUCGCUUAGAAAAGGUUUAUCUGAAGAACAAUGUCAUGGGACUAAUAUCAAAUGGUACGCAGAAUAUCUUGGAAGAGGAGAACCACAUUAAAGAUGUUUUAUCCCGCAUCAUGGUGGAAAUGAUCAAGCGGGAAUGGCCUCAACAUUGGCCUGACAUGCUGAAGGAACUGGACGCACUCUCCAAACAAGGGGAAACUCAGACUGAGCUAGUGAUGUUCAUCCUUUUACGCCUGGCAGAGGACGUGGUGACCUUUCAGAACCUGCCCACUCAGAGGAGAAGGGACAUCCAACAAACACUAACUCAGAACAUGGAAAAUAUCUUCAGCUUUCUGCUCAACACGCUUCAGCAGAAUGUGAACAAGUAUCGACGAAUGAAAACAGACACAUCUCAGGAAACAAAGGCCCAAGCCAAUUGCCGAGUAGGGAUGGCAGCACUCAACACGCUAGCGGGUUACAUCGACUGGGUGGCCCUGAGCCACAUCACAGCUGAUAACUGCAAACUCCUGGAGAUGCUGUGCCUCCUCCUCAACGAGCCCGAGCUCCAAGUGGGAGCAGCCGAGUGUCUCCUCAUCGCCGUCAGCCGAAAAGGCAAGUUAGAAGACCGGAAACCCCUAAUGAUGUUGUUUGGAGAUGUCGCCAUGCAUUAUGUACUCUCUGCUGCACAGAUCGCCGAUGGAGGCGGUCUGGUAGAAAAACACUACGUUUUCUUGAAGAGACUCUGCCAGGUUUUAUGCGCUCUAGGCAGCCAGCUGUGUGCACUGCUGGGCUCAGAUUCUGAAGUGGAAACACCUGCUAACUUAGGGAAAUUCCUUGAAUCAUUUCUUGCCUUUACAACUCAUCCCAGCCAAUUUCUACGCUCAUCCACUCAGAUCACUUGGGGAGCCCUCUUCAGGCAUGAAAUCCUGUCCCGGGACCCCCUGCUGUUAGGAAUGAUCCCCAAAUAUCUCCGAACAUCGAUGACUAACCUGGUGAAGGUUGGCUUUCCCUCCAAAUCAGACAGCCCCAGCUGUGAGUAUUCUCGCUUUGAUUUCGACAGCGAUGAGGACUUCAAUGCCUUCUUCAACUCAUUCCGGGCCCAGCUGGGAGAGGUUAUAAGGUUGGCCUGCCGCCUCGAUCCGAAGACGAGUUUCCAGUUGGCGGGGGAGUGGUUAAAAUACCAACUCACGGCCCCCGUCGAAAUCGGACCCACGAAUUCUAAGACGGGGGAAGGCCUCUGCUCCAUCUUCUCUCCCUCCUUCGUGCAGUGGGACGCCAUGACCGUUUUUUCAGAGAGUGUAAUUAGCCAGAUGUUUCGAACUCUGGAUAAAGAAGAAAUCCCAGUGAAUGAUGGCAUAGAGGUGUUGCAGCAUAUUUUGACCUUUAAUACUAAGGAUCCCCUUAUCCUGUCUUGUGUCCUCACCAACAUCUCGGCACUCUUCCCGUUUAUCACAUAUAGACCAGAGUACCUGCCCCAGGUCCUCUCCAAGCUGUUUACAGCUGUCACUUUUGUAGUCAUUGAAGAAAGUAAGGCCCCCAGAACUCGGGCUGUGAAAAAUGUGAGGAGGCACGCGUGUUCAGCCAUCAUCAAGAUGUGCAGAGACUAUUCCCAGCUCGUGCUGCCCAAUUUUGAGAUGCUGUACAACCACGUGAAACAGCUGCUCUCCAACGAGCUGCUCCUGACGCAGUUGGAGAAGUGCGCCCUGAUGGAGGCCCUGGUCCUCAUCAGCAACCAGUUCAAGAAUUACGAGCGGCAGAAAGCUUUCCUGGAGGAGCUGGUGUCACCUGUUGCCAACCUCUGGCUUUCUGAGGAGAUGCAAAGAGUGCUCUCGGACGCCGAAGCGUUCAUCUGCUAUGUAGGUGCUGAUUCCAAAGUCAGCGACCCGAUGUUGGAGGAUUCCAGCGGCCUGAAUCGUUCCCGAUUAAGCUUCUGUGUGCACACCAUCCUGGGAAUCGUGAAGCGGGCCCGCUGGCCCACAGACCUGGAAGAGGCUAAGGCUGGGGGGUUUGUGAUUGGUUAUACCCCCAGCGGCAAUCCAAUCUUCCGGAACCCCUGCACGGAGCAGGUUCUGAAGCUUCUCGACAACUUGCUCACGCUCAUAAGGACUUAUAACAAUUUGUACACACCAGAGAUAGUGGCUAAACUAGGAGAACCUUUCUCAAGAGCACUGGACAUCCUUGAAAUGGAGAAAAAUGCCCUCUUAGGUUUGCCUCAGCCUCUUCUAGAGCUCUAUGAUUCCCCUGUGUACAAAACAGUCUUAGAAAGGAUGCAGACCUUCUUCUGUACUCUUUACGAUAACUGUUUCCACAUCCUGGGAAACGCAGGCCCAUCCAUGCAGCAGGACUUCUACACAGUUAAAGAUCUCGCCACCCAGCUCCUCGGUUCCGUCUUCACCAACCUGAACAACAUUCCUGACUACCGUCUCCGAACCCUGCUCCGGGUUUUCGUCAAGCCUCUGGUGCUGUUCUGUCCCCCGGAGCACUACGAAACACUCAUGUCCCCCAUUCUGGGGCCUCUCUUCACUUACUUACACAUGAGGCUGUACCAGAAAUGGCAGAUCAUCAAUCAGAGGAGUAUGCUGUGUGGUGAGGAAGAGACAGCGGAUGAAAAUCCAGAAUCUCAGGAAAUGCUGGAGGAGCAGCUGGUGAGGCUGCUGACCCGGGAAGUCAUCGAUCUGAUCACUGCUUGCUGUGUGUCCAAGAAAGGAGUGGAACACAACAGUACCACCACUGAUGGAGAUGACGACGAAAUGAUGGCCACAGAAGUAACCCCUCCCUCCUCGGCAGAGCUCACCGACCUCGGCAAAUGUCUGAUGAAGCAUGAGGACGUGUGUACAGCCAUGCUGGUCACUGCCUUCAACUCCCUAUCCUGGAAGGACACCCUGACCUGCCAGAGGACCACCUCCCAGCUCUGCUGGCCUCUGCUCAAACAGGUGCUCUCUGGCACGCUGCUUCCCGAUGCGGUCACGUGGUUCUUCACGAGCGUGCUGAAGGGGCUGCAGAUACACGGACAGCACGACGGCUGCCUGGCCGUCCUCGUCCACCUGGCCUUCCAGAUCUACGAGGCCCUGCGUCCCCGGUACAUGGAAGUGAGGGCGGUGAUGGAGCAGAUCCCAGAAAUACAGAAGGAGGCCCUGGAGCAGUUCGACAGCAAGCUGCUGAACCCCACGCUGCAGAAGGUAGCCGACAAACGCAGGAAGGACCACUUCAAACGCCUCAUCGCCGGCUGCAUCGGGAAACCUUUGGGCGAGAAAUUCCGCAAAGAGGUUCACAUCAAGAACCUUCCGUCCCUCUUCAAGACGACCAAGCCCAUGCUGGAGACGGAAGUGUUGGAGAGCGAGGACGGGAUCCUGACCGCCCUCUUGGAACCCUGAACCAAACGUGCGGACUCCUCCCUCCAAAGCCUCCAUUGUCAUCUCUUCUCUCUGUCCCCUUGUAGCUCUAACCCCUCGGGCCCUCUCCACCACCCUCACUCCCCUGCCCCAGGGGCCCAUCCGUAGAAGGAAGUGCCCCGCAGCAGGGUCUUGAGAGGACGCUAGCUUCUUCCUCUGCUUGGCGGCCAAAGGGAGCAGCAGAAGGCAGCUCCUCUCCCCCCCUCCCCCCCCCCCCCCGUCAGGUGCCGGGGCAGGAGAGGGCCUUCCCGCGGGGCGGGGAGAACUGCCCCUGGGUUGAGAGAUGUAGGGCGUCCACCGUAGCUGUGAUCCUUAGAAGCCAGUCAAGGGCAGCAAGCGUCGGUUGCCAUUAAGCCGGCGGCCCGGGCCUCAUCCCAGCUGCCCAAAAAGCAGGACGGGAGCAGGGAGCUUCUUCAGGAGUACUGGAAACAUCUCCUUUUCUUCCCCCACCCGAUCACCUCACCUCCCCAACCAGCCAAGGACGACGUAACUCAGUCCAGCUACCGUUUCCCGGCCCCCCUCUGAAAAAAACCUCCCCUCCAGCCUCAGGUCCUGUGCAUCCCUGAGAGGAAAUGCAUUCUGAGGAGGGAGUCGGGUCCAAGGGCGGGACAGGGACCCCAACUCACCUUAAUCCAGCCAAUCUCUUCUCUAACCCAUCUGCUCCAGGUGGAAGAGUGGGUAUUCGAGGGGCUGAGCUGAAUUGAUGGAAAUGGGCUCAGGUUCUCCCCAGGGACCGGGCCCCUCCUUCACAAAAGCAGCACCGGGGCGCGUCUAGCCCCAGCCGCCUUUAACUGCUGCCUAAGGAACUUGUACUUUAUACUCCCAAUCCAUGGGUCGGGCUGCUGGAGAGGAUGGUUGUAUUUAUUGUGUUGUGAUAUUUUUUUAAUAUCCUGUGACUUCACACUAGAAAUUUUUUAUUGUUUUUAGAGCCUCUUUUGUAGGAAUGUAAACCCCAAGGCCAUGGUACACCUCUGCAUGUCAGUAAAAACUCAGUUUUCAGACAGAGGGCCCAGCGCUUCCCUUUACUGCUGCUGCCUCGACCCCACCCCCCCAUCCACUCACUCCCGGCCUUGGGAAGCAGAACGGGACAUUUCGGCAACGGCCGAAGAGGUGGGGACGGGGCCCGUUUUCCUCAGCCCAAGAACCUUCUCUGCCUGGAAAGCAACCGCCAGUGUCCACGUGGCACCUUCUGAAGGGGAGAGAGACAAGUUGGGAUGUGAGGGUCCAGAAAGAGAUUCGUUUAUUUUUCCCCCAAUGUGGGGGGUGCCGGCCAGGGGCCUGCUGCUGUUCCAACGGUCCAGUCCGGAGCUGCCCUCCUAGUCCAUCUGAAUCGUAUCCAACUCAUCCAAGAAGCGUCGGCACUUUCCCAUCAGGAUUUUAAUGGCUUCGCUCACCAGCACGUCAGGGGGCAGGACUCCCGUCGACUCCACGGAGACUGAGGCCAAAGCAGACGGAAGUCGGCAUUAGGACGCUCUCGUCUCCCGCGCGUCUCCGUGGUAGAGAUGAGGAAAGGGGCUCGGGGUCACGCGAGACAGGGGCAGGACUGAGACCGGAACCUGGGUUCUCUGCCUCUUCAACUCCUGCUCCUUCCCCUACACGCCCCUCCGUGAAACCUAAAGCCAUGGCCCGGCCCCGGGUUCUCAGAAGGGGCUAUCCGGCCUGUCCUUUUGUGUUAGAUGACUUUCUGAAGAACCUCAUGUUAUGAGAAAAAUAAAAUUAUAGUAACCAA